AUGGCAGCUGAUGAUGGCGCCCGCGCAUGCGUGCAACAACUGUUGGUGGUGCUGCUGCCGGUGCACACUGCUGCCAUAAUCAUCGUCAUCAUCAUCAACAUUUAUUUCGAUUUUAAUUCCACUGCUACGCCUCUGCCCGUGCUUACUGCAGCCACUGCUACGCCUCUGCCCGCGCUUACUGCAGCCACUGCUAGUCUUCUGCCCGCGCUUACUGCAGCCACUGCUAGUCCUCUGCCCGCGCUUACUGCAGCCACUGCUAGUCCUCUGCCCAAGCUUAGUGCAGCCACUGCUGCUCCUCUGCCCGCGCUCAGUGCAGCCACUGCUAGACCUCUGCCUGCGCUCAGUGCAGCCACUGCUACUCCUCUGCCCGCGCUCAGUGCAGCCACUGCUAGUCCUCUGCCUGCGCUCAGUGCAGCCACUGCUACUCCUCUGCCCGCGCUCAGUGGCCCAGAUACACAGAUACAAGAUAGUUUUGAGGAGAAGGACGACUUGCAAAUGCAGGAGGCUCUUCAGAACUAUGGAUAG